AAUGUGGCAAUGUAUCGCGCAAGUUGACGUGAGAAUUUGAUAACCAAACAUUAUCAAUGUCAAUUAUAAAAUGUCAGUGUAUCGUCGCGAGGGCAGUGGAUGGUCGUUUGUUAUUUUAACCCCGAUUUUGUAACUUUCGAAAUGAAAAAAGUUGAAUUACUGUAGCUUAAUAAUUGAUGUGAAAAGUAUUUGUGUUAUUUGUUUUAAAAAGUGCAAACUGUAUUUUAUAGUGAAAUUAGUUUUAUAAGUUCAGUGAAUCGUGGUUGUUGCCAAUGAUGGAUGGAAACUCAAAAUAUUACGAGGGCUGUGGACAGGAAGGGCCCAUUCGCUGUAUAUUUCUGUGUGAAUUUCAUCACACGGCUGGACCGAGGAUAACUUGCCAAGUCCCGGAAAACUAUAUAUCGAAAGACAUUUUUGAUACAGUCAGUCACUAUAUCAUACCAAAAGUACAAUUGCAGAGGUGUACAUUGACUGUGACACUACUGGGUUCAAAAAUAUUAGGAUUUCCAGUUAGAAUAGACAACAAAAAGUAUGCUCGAAAUGCAUAUUACUUCAACCUUUGCUUUGUGUGCGACGCUUGGGCGAGGACGGUCCACUUAGAACCAUUGGUGAAAAAACUUACCGAAUAUCUUUUAUCGAUGGAAUUAGAAACAGAGUGGCUGUCCAAGCAGUCGAAAUCUGGUGACGCCAAGGCGCUGAACUCGCUCAUGCAGCAAGUGAUGCAAGACAUCAACAGCAGGAGAAUGUGCACGCUCACAGUCGGCACCACAACAACUCACCUGACGGUGGUGAGAGUGAACAGCGACCCGGCGCCAGUGAAGGACCACCAGGUGCCCGUGUUCCUGUACAGCAGGCAGUCGUUUGUCGCUGACCAGUGGGACCUCACCACCAACCAGAUUCUGCCAUACAUAGACGGCUUCAACCACGUGUCCAAGAUAGCAGCGCUGACGGACGUGGAGAUCAGCCUGGUGCGCGCCUGUGUCCAGAACUUAGUGUACUAUGGUGUAGUCACGCUGGUGCCCAUCUUCCAGUACUGUGCUGUAUACAGCGCAACGCCUAAACUCAGACAGUUGACGAGAUGCACGGGACUACAGCGACAAUGCGUGGAAUUCUGUGCGAGAUCACCCCGUCAGCUACCUAAAGUAAGCGAUCUGUUCCGCAUGUACGCGGGCAUGUCGUAUGGCAGUACAGUGCGUGACCUGUGCCGCCGCAUGCGACCACAAGAGCUUGCCAUCAACGAGCGAAAACUUGUGCUAUUCGGUGUACUUGAGGGACUCAUACGGAGGGUUUAUAAGUUUCCAGUAACCCUGCACAACGAGAGCGCCUCGCUACGUAGCGAACACAGCCAGUGCACCGCGAGGACGUACAACGGGCUGGUGUGCCUCGACGAGCUGUGUUGCCAGGGCGGGCUCACCGCCUCGCAGCUGGAGGAGCAGCUCGAGAGGGACAGUGACGUCAUUUUCAUUGUCAAAUGAUGUGUCUCGGACGUGAGUGAAGUGAUAAUUGACGCGCGAUGCAGCAGUGACGGGUUGAGAUUUUCUAAGGCGUUAAGAAUACAGGCCCAAUCUUUGGGCAUUCUGUUGUAUGGAGUUUAAACAGAGAAGUGUAGAAGUAAUUUUUUAUACAUUAAUAUUUAAAGUUACCCUUGGUUUUCGUAAAAAAAAAAUUGAAGUAAUAUCA